CAUCUUCGAGAAUUUAUCGUUUACGUAAUUAUCGGCGAGCUGAAAUUGACUCGGAAAAUAGAGAUGACAUCAUCGAACGUAAAAAUCAUUGGUAAAAAUAAACAGACUACAACAACAACAAUAAGUGCAAAAUUGCAGGUGACAUUUGAUUUGGUAACGUCGUAGUAUGUUUAACGAAUAUGAAUCUUUAAAAAACCGAUACAAUUUUCAGAGUAUUAGAUGGCUGAAUGUGAAGCUGUGAAACCUAAGCCGAGCGUGCACCAGUCGAUCACCAUGGAAUUUUGAGAUCGCGAUACCAGCGAAACCCUUGACCUACUUUAUAAUUCCGUCAAGCGAAUUCGACUUUGGGAUCUUGCCUUCUGUCUGGUCCCCCACUAAUCCCUGAUCCUACCCUUGUAAUUCCAGACCAGCUUUGAUCAUUAAACUUGUUGAUAUCAAGUCGCUUAGGAUAAUCUAAGAAACCCCGCAAGACUUACAAGGAGGAGGAGGAGGAAGAAUCACCAAGGAGGAGUGAGACCCACUCCACACCCACCAAGAUGCCUUUCUUUAAGAAAAAACCUACAGAACCAAAACAAAACAAAGAUGUCUGGGAGGUGGAGGUGAUGAUGCACAAACAGAGUGAUGAAGCUAGAAAGCGAAUGGAGCACUGCCAGUUCUUGGCUCAAGCUUCCCCGGAACCUGACUAUGAUUUAUCAAAAUGUGAACUUACAGAGGUGCCAGCAGGGACAUUUUCUCAGUGCAAGGUUUUUAGAAAAGAGGUUUUGAUUAUGAGUGAUAAUCUACUUUCUUCAUUGAAUGGCGGAGGCAACAUCAAGGAUCUAUCAUUACUCAGGGUUCUUGAUUUGAGGAACAACCGAUUCCCACAGUUACCCGAUGGACUAACUGAGCUAGGACAACUACAAGUCCUGGAUGUCACUGACAAUAAACUCAAACAGCUACCAAAGAAUAUCGGCAAGCUACAGGCACUACAGACACUUAAUGCAAGAGGUAAUUCUUUGAAGGAGCUUCCGGAGAGUAUGUGCCAGAUGAAGUCAUUAAGAACCCUAGAUAUUUCACAUAAUCAAGUUAGAUCAUUACCAAGGAAAUUCUGCAAUAUCAAGACACUAGAGAGCUUAACAUUGGAUGUAGUUCACAUGACCUACCCAUCACCUGAUAUAUGUCAAGAUGGAACAGAAAAUAUUAUGAAAUAUAUGUGUGCAGAAAAUGGUAUUGAGUACUCCCCACCGUCUAAACACCUCUUACCGGUGUUGAACACAUACACAAGUGCUUCAGAAACAUCAGUUUCCGCUCUACAAGCCUUGCAGCAUGAAGAGGAUCAACUGAACAGCUCUGUUCUUAAAUACGAGACCAAGAAAAACCAGAAGCAGAAUGACUUUGCCAGGUUGGAACAGGAACUAGCCCAGUUAGAGGCCCAGCAGGCCCAAAUUGCCGAGUCCUCAAACAGGAACAGGGCUCUCUUAUUACAAUCGUUAGCAAGGGAACAAGAAGAGAGUGACUCAAACAUCAGGAAUAUCCAGGAGAAAUCAGAAUGUGAAAGAAGACAGAUGAUAUCAUCAUUACAGGAAGUUGAACACAGAUCAGCAGACCUCAUCCAACAGCUACUGGAAAUGAAUGAAAAGGCCAAAAAGAAAGAAGCAUUCCUAGAUGAGAUGGAGAGGAAAAUGAUGGAAGAUGAGGAGAUGUUCAAGAUUCAAGAGGAGGAGAGGAAGUUAGUCAGAGAACAUGAUGUACUCAUAUCAAUGGAAGGAAUCCUCAGGGAAAGACACGCCCUGGAAUCAAAGAGAUUGAAAUAUGAAGAGCAUAGGGACAGUGUUACCAAACAAGCAAUGGAAUUGGAUGAAUUAGAAAUGAACAAGCUAGGAGACCAACUCAGCUCCAUCAAGCAUAACCGAGACGAGAUCUUCAAAGAACUUAUGCAAGAAGAAGAAUUUCAACGGCAAGCCUUUCAGACUCUCCUUAUCAACAAAGAUACCAGGCAUAAGAGACUUUCAGAAACGAUCUAUAUGAUCCAGCAGCAGCUGGCCGAGGUCACAAUGGCCGAGAUCGAGAAGCGUAAUAUGAAGGCCGAUUCGGCCUCGUUGGCCUUGGAGCAGAAACGAGAAGACCUUGCGGCCUUGCUCAAACAGCUUAUGAUGCAGAGGGAGGAGCGGGAGGAAGCCCUCAAACAAAGAAUGCUGGAGAUGGAGGAGCUAAGAGAAAGGACAGAACAGGACUACUGGUUGGUACAAUAUCAGAGGCUGUUGGAUAAGAAACCACAAUCACUCAUUGAUCAGGAACACAAUCUUGAACUUGCUGUGGUUGAUAUCUUACAAGAGGCUGGUGCAGAAGACUACAUCCCUAAAUUUGCAAGGCAUCGUGUUUCCAUAGAAACCAUGAUGCAGAUGGGAAUGGAAGAGUUGAGAGAGAUUGGAGUCCAUGAGGUCGGUCUCCGCAAGGCCAUCUUGACUGCCGUCCAAGGCUACGUCCAAGCCCAGACCAGAGCGAUGGAGAAAGCAGCCGCCAUCGAGAGACCGACAGAACCCUCCGCCCCACCCAUGGAGGACGGUAGCAGUAAGGGUAAGAAGGGCAAGGAGGAGGAGGAGAUGGGUGCGGCUGCAUCAUCGAGACCGGUAGAGGCGGUGGAAGCACCGGAAGGGUACACCCCUGAUGUCACAGUGAGGGUCACAACAGAGUGUGUUAUUUGCAUGGAGAAAGACUCCGAUAUGCUGUUUUUGAUGUGUGGUCAUAUCUGCUGCUGUGUCAAAUGCUCCCAACCACUGUUCAAGUGCCCACUGUGUCGUGGAGACAUCACCUCAAAGAUCAUCGUAGGAAACUCGCCAGUUGGAUGAAAUUGGUUGGAUUCUGGUCAUAGCAAAUCAUAUUUAUAUAUUUUUCAUCUGUUUUUUUUUGGUGAAAAAAUUGCCCCGUCAUUUUUAUGUAUAUGAAUUAAUAUUUCAUGUGACUUUGAACAAAUUGUCUUAUCGAGUCAUGAGAUUGCUCAUCUACAUGUAUCAUGACUUGUUUUUUUUUAUAUUCUAUAAAUUAUGUCUACAUGCAUUUUAUAUACAACUGUGUAUGUAAUUUGUUUUUACUAGACAAAUUGAAAGUCAUCAUUACUUUGAGUUAUGCCAGACAUAUGGAAGCCUUCACAGUGCAAGUCUCAUCUCUAUGUUGAAAAUAUUUUUUAAUCUGCACAAAUCAUACUUUUCAUGUAUGAAUAAUUUUUUUUUACCACAAUUGAAUUGAAUUUCAGCGGUAUACAUCUACUGGACAUUGCAUUUUUUUUAUAUAGCAAUUGUGAUGCAUGUAUAUAUCUACAUAUUUGCGCACACAAUAUAAACAGUGCGUAGGAUCAGUAUUUGUAUAAUACUAUUUAACAUUUUCACGACUAGGGGCCUAUUCUCAUCCAUAUUUAUUUCCUUUGUCAGCUUUAUGUGCAUAUCCCCCUCUAAAGGAGAGAAUUUAUGAUAUUUCUAUAUUUUUCUUCUUCACUUGGCCUUUUUGCUAUCUCUAUGUACGAUGAAAGUGGAGUUAUUCAUAACAGAGUGCAUUACACCAGUAGGCCUAUUUGGAGGUGCUAUUUGGGGGCAUCAUGGUCUAGUGGUUACAACUCUUGUCUUUCAAUCAGAGGGACGUGGGUUCAAAUCCCAGCCAUGGCGUGUUUUCCUCCAGCCCACAUUGUGCUGCACACCCAUGUGAGGUGAAUGGGUACCCGGCAGAAUUAAUUACUUGAAGGCACUGAGAGCUGGAAGGCAACUCAAGUUAUAGGUGGGGUAAUGAUAAUAACAAUACGCCUAGUAAUAAAUUGUUACCAGAUAGUGCUAGAUAAAUACCUUUUAUUAUUAUUGUUAUUAGUUUUAAAACAGAAAGCCUGUUUUCAGAUCAUGGUACAUGUUCAUUAUGUUUCAAAAGUGUAUUAUUUUUCUCACUUAAAUGAUAUCUCAUACUGAAUGUAUGGUAUCUAAUUUGUUUUUCUUGUUAUUUUUAGAAUAUGUUUUUAAAGUUCCAUGGCAGAAAAUAAAAUCAGCAUACUGUAGAAUAAUAAGAAAAUCUAACAUAUCUUUGGCUUUGACCUCCCUCAAAUGCACUGGCAUUCAGAUGGGGGGGGGGGGGCUUGAC